GCCGGGGCGAGUGGAGUUUGCGGAGCGGUGCCACCUCGCUAACACAACUACACUCACUCGCGCCACAACAACAACGCGACGCCUCUGCCGCGAUAGCGACAAAUAUUACUGCCGCCAGAGACCUCCUCCGACAAAAAGGUGCCUCGGUGCUCCUCCUCCUGUUGUUUUUGGUUUGAAGUCGCGAGCGAGUUCAUUAAUUAUUUCCUGCAGCGCUCGCUGAAAGGGGGAUACGAAAAAAAAGCCUCGGCUGCUAUUUAUUGGCCCGGAUGCGCGUCCUGAGCUCAGAAGCGCGGCGCGAACGACGCGGAGAGGAGACAUCCCCGCAGACAUGAGGUCGCCUCUGCUCCUGCUGCUGCUGAUCGCCACUCUGCUCUCCACCUCUCACGGAGUGAUCGUGCAUGGGUUGGACACCCGGUGCCAGUGUGCCGACUUCUACCGCAAACCGCUGCGGCUGAAGUCCAUCAGGGGGUUGGUGGACCACCGCUUCACCAGCAGCUGCCACCGCGAUGUCAUCGCGUCUCUGCCCAACGGGAGGAAGGUUUGCCUGGACCCCGACAAGGCCUGGGUGAAGCACAUCCUGCGACGCUUCAAGAAAGAGUUUGGCCUCAACAGGAGCGGAUGAGAGACAAGACGGGGCAAUGGGGAGCGCAGCUUCAGCAGACAACCGCGGCACGCACAGACAAGGCACACUCAACUCACCCGGGCAGCACGUGGCACACACACGCGCGCGUGCACCCGGCACGGUGCACGUGCCCUGGCUCCGUGCGUGCGCGUGCCACGGACACGUCACACACGCAUGCACCGCGAUAUGACGUACGUGUGCGCCGUGGUGUAUACAUACCACGGUACGUCACGUCCUGCAUUGUGUAACUACAUCGGGCUUGGCAUGUAGGUUGGGUGUGAAGGAAAGGCAGGUAAAUAGUGUAGAUCUUUACUUCAGUAGACUUGUGUAACCUCGUAAGAGAUCUGGGACUGGUCCCGCAAGGAUGUCCAGCGUGGAGAUGAAGUCAUCAGAUCGGCUCACGUCCAAGGAGUCAGAAUUUGGUUUCGUGGGAUGAUGAGAAGUUGGCGACAGCCGGGGGGAGGACUUCAUCCAGCAGUGGAGAGACCACGGCUGACAAUGAUAAUGAUGGCGAUGAAAUUAAAUCUGUAGUCAGGUAGGUAAAAAAAAAAUCACGACGUUUCGAUCGCAACACAAAAAAAUGUAAUCCAUCAGUUCCACUGCUGGAUUAUAUUUUGUGUUGCGAUCGAAACGUCGUGAUUUAUUUUACUUUCUACCCACGUGACUUUACCGAAAGAACCAAAGAGUAUGGAUUCCUGCAGUCACGAAAGCUUCCAAUCAAGAUGAUAAUUUGUCGUCUUUACGUAGAAUACUGCGCUCCCAGUGUAUUUCAAUCUAACAAGUUACUCCGCCGUGAAUGGGAUUCGCAAUGGAACAUUGGAACAUUAGAAUUAGAACCUGAAGAACAAUGGGCUUGUUCGCGACAGCAACGGGCUGUUUGAUGUUUGGUGCUUUGUCUCGGUGGUGUUCUUCAGCUGCGGCGAUCUGGCAACUUCAAGUGGCUGUCAGUUUGACACGUAGUAGGGAGCAGUGGGCUUUCGCGAGCAAUAUUAUCCAUAAUAGAGGGGCUUUUUGGGGUUAGAUUGCGUAAAUAUAAAUGUGUCGUUAAGUCUGGGGUGAUGGGGUUUGAAGGGUGGUUCCGAGGGGAAAUAUGAUUUUCCACAAUCGCAUCGUUUUUGGGAAGCUUAUUUAAUUUUUUAAAAGGGCAGCCGUACAUUUUGAGACGCAAUCACAUCUGGACAUUUGUGGUGGGGGGAGGGAGAGCUUAAUAGUUCAUCGGAUUCCUCCCAGUCCAAAAACAAAGAUUUUGAUCAAGAUUCUGACACCGUUGGCAAACCAAGAAAUUCGACUCCUGUUGAGUAGCGACACGACUCCUUGCUUACCGAGGGCUUUUCUGGGUUCGGGUCGAUAUAUAUAAUAAUGGUUUAAAAAAAAAUACGUGUCCGAGAAGCGAUCUGUUGACAAUGAAUAAAAAUGGACGGCUCGCUUCCUCGAC